UUUGUUUUUUUUCAUUGACUCAGUGUGUUUCAAAAGCUUCAAACUUUUGCUUCUUUUUUCUGUUUUUCUUUCCAAAAAGUCUUGUCUUUUUCUCUUCAUCUUUGAGAUCAAUGGAGGCUAAGCUGUUAAGUGCUUCUUCUCCAGCCUUACCUGCUGUUAAUGGCACUACCAAGUUUUUAAAACCUAGUUGCCUUUUACCCUUGCAAGCCAGGAAAUUUCCCAGGUUUAAGUUUGAUUGCUCUGCAAGGUUGUCAAAGAAAGACAUUCAAUCUGUUCAUGCUUCCACCAACUCUGUCGGACAAAUAAAGCAAAGGGUGGAUGAAAGCGAGAACUUGACCCUGGAGGCCGUGAGGUGUUCGUUAAUUCGACAGGAGGACAGCAUAAUAUUUAGCCUUCUGGAGAGAGCUCAAUAUUGUUAUAAUGCGGAUACAUAUGACCCUGAUGCCUUUUCAGUGGAUGGGUUCCAUGGCUCUUUGGUGGAGUAUAUGCUCAGAGAAACUGAAAAGCUUCAUUCAAAGGUUGGCAGAUACAAAAGCCCAGAUGAACAUCCUUUCUUCCCAGAUGAAUUACCUGACCCGAUGUUGCCACCUUUGCAAUAUCCACAGGUACUACAUCCCAUUGCUGAUUCAAUAAAUAUAAAUAACCAAGUCUGGGAAUUGUACUUCAGAAAUCUUAUUCCAAGAUUGGUAAAGAAAGGAGAUGAUGGCAAUUGUGGAUCUACUGCUGUUUGUGACACAAUGUGUUUGCAGGCUCUUUCAAAGAGAGUUCAUUAUGGAAAAUUUGUGGCAGAGUGUAAAUUUCAGGCAUCUCCAGAUGCCUAUAGAAUUGCCAUUAGAGAACAGGACAGGAAAUGGUUGAUGGAAUUGCUCACAUAUCCCUUAGUUGAAGAGUCAAUCAAGAAAAGAGUCGAAAUGAAAGCCAGAACUUACGGGGAAGUAGUGUCUGCUAAUAUAAACCGAGAUGGUGGCGAUCCGGUUUACAAAAUAAACCCAAGCUUGGUAGCUGACUUGUAUGGUGACUGGAUCAUGCCAUUGACAAAGGAAGUCCAAGUUGAAUACCUGUUGAGAAGGUUGGACGGAUUGGAAGAGAAUAUACACUAGCUGUUUAUGAUAAAAUAGAAAUCUUGAGAUAUGGAGCAAAAUAAUUGCUAAGGGGUAGUUGUAAGUUAAUCAAAAGAAAAUACAAAAAGGCUCAUUUGGAACUUCUAUCAUGCCAUUUGCUCCUAAUAUUUUUUCUCCAUAUAACUUUUAUAUUUUCUUUGUCCAUAUAGAUAUUGGCUUUUUUUUUUUAUUUGAGAUUAUCAAAAUUUAAAUUCUGAUCAACUAUAGAUUUCGCGACAGGUGGUGGAUAUUGGCUUGAUAAUACCGAUGUUUUUUUAUGUUUAUGUGUGUAAUAAGACUAAAAGAUGUAUUGUUAUUAUAUGUCACCAUAAUGUAAAGGGAUUUAUAGGCUUUUUUUGUGUGUUUUAUCAAACCAUGCCAAUAUGAUCAUGAUUCUGGAAAACCAAUGUUCAUGAACAAAGAAUAUGCUUCCACAAUUGCUAGGCGGUGAGGGCUAUGCUCAUGUACCCCUUAAGCCUUGGUUGUUGAAUUAUUCCAAA